AUGACAGAUUUCAAAGCGCCACUUCUACUUCAAAAAACUGAAGUUCCGCCUCCAAAAAUCGAAGAAAAACUCGAAGAGCAGCAGCAGCAAAUCUCAAUAAACGCUCCAAUUCUCGACUACACACCUCCCCCAUGGGCUUGCGAUCCCGAAAACGACGAUUUCCAAUUAGAAAUUCUCAAAGAAGGUCGGAUAAUCGGAAGUUUCGACCUAAAAAAUCGCAAAAAUUCGAGUUACAUCAUCAUUGGUCGGAUAAAACCGAGUUGCGAUUUGGUGAUGGAGCACCCAAGUAUCUCAAGGUUUCACUGCAUUUUACAAUAUGGCGAUGAUCGAAUGGGAAAAAGUGGAAAAGGAUGGCAUAUUUAUGAAUUAG